AUGGAAUCCACAGAGGAGCAGCAACCAGUAGUUCGUAUGCGUGGACGACCGUUGAAUGAGUCGAAUGGAGUGCAGACAGCGCUUCAACGAGGACUUGAAGCACUUCAGGAGAAUUGCUCUGAAGAAACUGAGGAAAUCCGUAAACUCGACUCUCAACUAGACCAUCUUAAUGACUAUAUGUCAAAAAUGGAGGAACGACUGAAAUUGCAUAAUGAGAAACUUAUGGAGACACUUCGACAUCAGAAGGAGGAACGUGAAAAACGUCGACGCAGUUUUCAUGAGCGUAUGACACAGAAUCAAGCGGAAGACACAGCAUUCCAGCAGCAAAUGGCAUCAAUUCUGAAUCGUGUGGAUUCAGUACGUAAUCGACAAUCCAUCUACGAUAUUGUUAACAGUAUGGACAUCCCAAAAGCAAACAAUGUUUGA